CACUUCCUCAAACUCUGCAGACUCUACAUCAGCUAAGCCCUGGUUUAGACCUGGUUUAGUCCUGUUUUAGUCCUGUUUAAGUUCCAGUUCUGUCCUGUUUCUGGAGUUUAGCCUUACCUUCAAACGGUGAAAAUGAGUCGCAGAGAUGCUCCGCUCCGUAAACAGAUGACCACGACUGCCUGCUUUGAGAACGAGAUGCGUCGGCAGUUCCCCCGGCAGAGCAUGUCUGAAGUGGAUGAGCGUGUACGGGUUUUGGCUGAGCAGGUUUAUGCCUCUGCUCUGAAAGACCAGGACCAGAGAGGAGCCAUAGCUCUGUUCACUGUCCACGAAGACUGUCCCAUUGAAGUCCACGAGGACCUCCAGAGGACUCUACAGAGGGAGCUGGAGCAGCAGGCCGACCAGUCUGCCAAGAAGUAAGGCUAACCACCCUGCUAAAAGCUAACCACUCUACCACAAAGUACAGACCAGACA